UUAAGGGGUAAAGCUUGAUUGCGAGGAACUCUUGUUUGAAUAGCUCUUCCGGAUCAAAAUUGUGUAGUCUGUUAAAACUAACGAAAAAUUGCUAUCCAUCAUGCACGGCAAAAGUUAUGAUUACUUGUUUAAAUUAUUACUCAUUGGCGAUAGCGGAGUCGGAAAAACUUCAAUACUCUUUCGUUUUUCGGAUGAUAGCUUCUCACCUACUUUUAUCUCCACCAUCGGAAUUGACUUUAAAAUUCGUACUAUUCAAUUGGAUGAUAAAAAUAUAAAGUUGCAAAUCUGGGAUACUGCUGGCCAAGAACGCUUUAGGACAAUAACAACAGCCUAUUAUAGAGGAGCAAUGGGCAUUUUGCUAGUUUAUGAUGUCACUUCGCGAGGUUCAUUCGAGAACAUAACGCAGUGGCUGAGCAAUAUAAAAAGCCAUGCAAGCGAGAACGUCGAGAAAAUCAUUUUGGCUAAUAAAUGUGAUGUGGAAGAAAGAGAAGUUUCCGAAGAAGAAGGAAGAGCACUUUCUGAAGAACAUGGGAUCACUCUAAUAGAAACCAGUGCCAAAGCAAAUAUAAAUGUUUAUGAAGCUUUUGAGGAAAUUGCCAAAAUGAUUAAAAAUAACAUCGACAGCAAACCCACAAAUUCUAGAAGUUUAUCUUCUUUAGAACUGGGGAACAGCGGAAAUUCGUCAAAAGGAUGUUGCUGAAAAAAUUAAAUUUAAUUU